AUUUUCUGGGUGUGUUAAUGAAAAAAAAGGAAAAGACGGACUUUUUUAUUAGAUAGGGCGGGAGAGGACACGGCGCCGACGAGAGAAGACGGGAAGUUCGCCGGAGCUAUGUUUACCAAUGAUCGGCGGCAGGCGGAGCGGACGGGGAGGCACGGAACCCCCAGAUCCCAAUACCUCCAGGAGCUCGUGACCCAAUUUCAGAACACAAACAAUGAGGAGGCCAAGGAAAAGAUUGUUGCUCAUUUGGCUAACUUUGCAUAUGAUCCUUACAACUAUGCAUUUCUUCGCCAGCUUAAUGUCUUGGAGUUGUUUCUGGAUUGCAUAACGGAGCCAAAUGAGAAGCUUGUUGAGUUUGGGAUCGGAGGGAUCUGCAAUGCAUGUGCUGACCCAGCAAAUGCUGCUGUUGUUUGCCAAUGUGGCGGGUUACCUUUGGUCAUACAAUGUUUAUCUAGCCCAGCUCGAAACACAGUGAAUUAUGCCCUUGGAGCAUUGUAUUAUCUCUGUUAUGGAUCUUUCAAAGAAGAGAUCUUGAAACCCGAAGUUGUGGAACUUAUAGAAAAGUAUGCGGCAACUGAUACUAGUGUGAGUUUCAGAAACCUGGCUAAUGCCUUUUUGGAUGCGCAUGUGAAGCAAAGGUGAUACCCCUCGGCAGAUUUUAUCUUCUUUCAGCAAGUUUUAAACACAAUUCACAAAUCCGGCUGCAACAAUGUUUUCCCUUUUUCCCUUGUCGAUGUGAAUGAGUUUUGGGUGACCGGGUACAAACUAAGUGAUGCUUCAUGGAAGAAGUCUGCAUGCCUAUUCAGUGAAGAACUCAGCAAAUCUAUUUCUGAGAUUGACAGUGCAGAAUAUGGAUUUAUUCUCAAAUUUCUACGCCAAGGAGGUUAUUUAUGUGACACGAAGAAUUUAAUUUCUUGUCAAUCAUGGUGAUAGAAUUAGUCAUCAUAGCGUAUAUUGAUUUUUCUGUAUUCUUCCUGUAAAGCAUGUGCAGCAUGUCCAAAUCCUGUUGAGAAUUUGAUUGUUGUUUCCAAUGAUAAAUUAUGUGCAUAUUGCUUCA